AUGCAGGGCUAUACCUCCAAGCAGUUUUUACCUCAGCUACGGUCUCUUGACAAAGCGCAGCCAUUGCAGCUACAACCGCCACCGCAGCCUCAUCAGCAGCAGCCACCGCAGCCUCCGCCGCAGCCUCCGCCGCAGCAGCAACAGCAGCCAGCGCAGCCUCCACAGCAGAGGCCAUCACAGCCUCCGCAGCGGCAGACGCCGCAGCCUCCGCAGCAGCAGCCGCCGCAGCCGCAGCAGCCACAGCAGCCAGCGCAGCCUCCACCGCAGAGGCCAUCACAGCCUCCGCAGCCUCCACCGCAGAGGCCAUCACAGCCUCCGCAGCAGCAGCUGCAGCCACCAGCCCCUCCUGCGCCGCCGCCAACUACAAACAGCGGCCCUAGGAUUCGGCCGGUAGAGGCCACAGGACUGUUCCGGCGCCAGCCAAGGCAGCAACAUCAAAGGGGGCAUUCACCGCAGCCUCCGCCAGGGUCGCCGACACUGCCGACGCCUCCCACGACGCCGCCGGCCGUUCCGCACAGACCGCAACCAACCGCUGCACGAAAGGUGACCCUCCAGCUUGCCACCUGGAAGCUAGAGCGGCUAGACAUCCCGCCGCCUGCUAGGACCAGGCCACCGCGGUAUUGCCUACACCCGUGGGACCUGCGGGUACGCCGGUACACCUCGCCGAGGUACCAACAGGCGCCUCCACCAACGAGGCAACAGGAGCUGUCCUCUGGUUCAGAGUGGGAGACCUCCAACCCGGAAACGACGAACCGCAAAUCCGAGGACAUAAACGGCAACUACUGGGGCCCUGAAAAGAAGACUCUGACGCAGCCCUCGCUCAUCUACCGAGAGCGAGUCACAGAAAAGCGUCGAACCACCCAGUGGACAAGCACGCAGCCGCCGCUCGCAUACAAGGAGCACAGUCCCUCUAAGUGA